UUUUGCAAUGUGCCGUCCGUGGCUGCAGGGCAGCUGAAACCACAAUCAUGUACUUUUGUGAGGUGAUGGAGUGAGAGGCCCCACCACGUGGUGGUCCGCACCGGCCGGUGGUUUUCCGCUGGAAGCAUCCCGUCUCUCCAAUUACCUUUACCUGCUUCUAGUGUAAGAACGUUGUUGGCCACCUCCAGUCGCACAACUCCGGGCCAGUCGAGAAUGACAAAGAGAGGAUCACGGCGCAGAGGCCCGUUGUCUGUGCAUGGCGGGGUAUUGACUGUCAUUGAACUUCGGUCCGAGCAACAAGCGUAGUGAUAUUCCAUGAUGAGGAGCGGGACACGCCGCCCAUGGUCAAAGCUCGUCGCUUGGUAAAGCAGCGAGGCUAUCACGAGAGGGGUGAUGGACUGCAAGGCCAGGCAUUCGGAUUUCAUUUUCUUUUCGACGGAAGAUGUCAAGUACGAAAUGGGACUCGACGGUCGCAUUGGCCUUGGCCAUGGUGGCCCGCGCACAGGAGCGAGGGUGUCAGCCAAGGCGAGGAGGUGGGCAAAAGUCAGGAGGCGCUCACCGUCUCUUUGGGCAGCGCACAGGUUGUCCGGCUGUGGUUCGCGGUGCCAGCACACUCGUGCAUGCGCGGCCCCACCGGCGCGGGCGGCUGUGGUGGAGAGGAGGAGCUGUCACCCCCGAAAUGGCUGGGCCGGGCAUGGAUUGAUCUGCCAUCCGCCCGCUGCCUCGAACGCACCCGGCGGUGUCGCGAUUCGACAUGCCCUGUCGCUUUUUUUUCUCAUCCUCCCCAGCCUCCGCCCAGCCAGCCAGUCCUUUCUUGCCCGCCGCUCUCUGCUCUCUCUCUCUCUCUCGUCCUUUUUUCCCCCUGCUGGCGUUGCGAUUGCGACCGCGAGCGCGCGCAUUGCAUACGCGACACGCCCGGGCAACGCUGUGCGACAAUCCCCUGACGACGGCUUACGACGACUCACGAAGAUAACAACAGCGAGCAACAACACCCUGCCACGCCAGCAUCUCCCAGAGCGCAUCGCCUGCCGCAUGCUCCACGCCCAGCCGCGCACUGCAG